ACGUUAGGCUACAUAAACAAAGUAAUCGGAACGUAUUUCCUGGUUAUCAGGACACGCCUACGUCACAUGUUGAAUAUGUCACCAGUUAAUUCAGUCACCACUUAAACCUUAACACACCGGUUGUCGCUAUGUCAAUACGGACUAUAUGCUGUAAAUAAUCUAUUUUCUGUGAUCCGUUUAGGGCAGGAUAUGUAGCUAGGCUAUGUGGAAAUGUAGGCCAUUGAACUGCUGCACAAAUCGCCGAUCAGGGUGUUCAAUGCACCCCCGUUUCAGUUUAAAAAGACGUGUUGCUACGUUUUGUCGGGGCUGAACGUGGUCAUGGUGUAAUUAGUCCGCCUGGGUAACAUGGUUCAUGUCUCACGGGAAAGAAACAAUGUUUUUGUUCGUUGUUUUUUGCAGUUUUGCUUUAACGUCGGCCGUCAAUCAAACAUUGCCUGUCAUGGACUCCUGGUAUGUUGCUGCUGUAUAUGAGCACAACUUAAUCCUGAACCCGGAGCCUGAUGUCCCCCUGUCCCGCCUCGAUGCCCUGCAGCACAUGCAGAAAAACCUCGAUAUCUACGAGGAGCAGGCUGCCCAAGCUGCUCAGCAGGGUGCCCAGAUCCUGGUGUUUCCAGAAGAUGGUCUUCAUGGUUUUAACUUCAGCCGUUCUUCCAUCUCUGGCUACCUAGAAACCAUUCCUGAUCCCCAGCAGGAGAGCUGGAACCCCUGCACAGAGCCGGGAAAAUACAACAACACUGAGGUUCUCCAGCGGCUGAGCUGUAUGGCCCGUCGUAACAACCUCUACCUGGUGGCCAACAUGGCUGACCUGCAGCCCUGCCCCCUGAAGACUGACCCCACCUCCUCCUGUCCCUCUGAUGGACGCUGGCAGUUCAACACCAACGUAGUUUUCAGGUCAGAUGGUCUGCUGGUGGCUCGCUACCAUAAACACAACCUCUACUUUGAGGAGGCCUUUGAUAUGCCGCCGCAACCUGAGAUCAUAACGUUCGAUACACCUUUUGCUGGAAGGUUUGGCCUCAUGAUCUGCUUUGACAUUCUGUUCCACAAGCCCACAGUUGCCCUGGUGGAGAAGGGUGUGCGUCAGCUGAUCUACCCUACAGCCUGGAUGAACCAGCUCCCCCUUCUGGACACGAUCCAGUUCCAGCAGGCUUUCAGCUUAGGUGCCAAUGUCACCCUGCUAGCGGCCAACAUUCGUAACGACCAACUGAACAUGAGAGGAAGUGGUAUCUACACCCCUUUUUCAGCCACCUACCACCAUGCCCAGAAAGGAGACCCAGAGGAGGGUAGGCUGCUGGUGGCCAGGGUGCCAGUCUUAGACCCACUGUGGGUGGGGCAGAGUGUAACCACAAAGGAGGGGGUAGUUAGGAGUGAGUCCACAUCAUCUACUGCUACAGACUCUGGAUUCUGUCACCAAGAGAGCUGUUCUGAUUCUCCCCCUCUUGAAACUGCUUCAUCAGUUCCUCCCUCCUCUGCCACCUUCAUCUCAUCUAUGAUGUACGAUCCAUUUACAUUUGUCCUCUUGAACGAGACAGAGGGCAAAGUGAAUGUGUGUAAUGGCACCUUUUGCUGUCACCUGCAGUACCGGUGGUUACCACAGGGUGACAGUAAAGAGCUCUACGCAUUGGGGGCAUUUGCUGGAACACACACUGUGAACGGACGCUAUGCCCUCCAGGUGUGUGCACUAGUCCGCUGUGCAGGGUUGGACGUCAGUUCCUGUGGACAGGAAGUGGAAGAGGCUGAGUCUAAAAUGGACUUCCUGGGGAGGAAGUUUGGGAGUUUAUGUAAAGGGUGUUAA